AUGCUUAUUCAACUAUGUAGAUGUUUAGAAUUAGUUGAUUUAUCAGAUGUAGAGCUUCCUCCAAAGUCUCGGGAGAGAGCUCCAAUCAAGUAUGAAGAAUACAGACCCAUAAAACGUCCUCCGAAGGCUAUUCGCAGAUACUGGCUACUGAACAACAACCAGAAUGCAGAAGACCCUCCAGUACAACGAGGUUACGAGGAUGAAAAAGAUGCUAAUAUAAAGCAGAAAAUAACAAUGCUUGUGGAUCAAACUAUGAACGACACUCAGAGAAAGCUGAAAUUAACUGAUGAACUGAGACUCAAACACCGCGAAGAAGCACCUUAUAAGGCGGGCUUUAUUUUAAGCAUGGUGAAGAAGUCCAAGAAUGUCCUGGACGAGUUGUUCAACGUAGCAGUGAAGCACAGGGACGAGUGGGCGGCUCUAGAACAACUGAAAAUCUUCGAGCUGAUCGUGCAUACUAAUGUCGACACGACCAAUCUGUUGAGGCAGCUCCUUGAAGUUCAUGUCAAACAUUUGAACGCGACCAGUGAUAAAAAGAGAAUCAUUUUACUUUAA